AAGGAGAGAGAAGGGAGAGAUAAGGAGAAAGAGUAGGAGAGAGAGGAGGUAGAGACAGAAGGAGAGAGACACAGAGAGAGAGAGAGAGAGAGUUACUGAAUGCACUCUCCUGUCCUCCGUUAUUUCAUCUCUCGGCUGCUAGGAAGGACGAGUUCAGCUUUCAGCUUCAGCGGAUUUUAUGUUCAUCUGCGCGGAGAGAAACGGAGCUCAGAGGAAAAGAUCGAUUAACACUGAACCAAUGACACAGUCCAGACCAGCGGAGAGAAGAAUGGAGGGAGCGCUGAAGACACUUCACUGAGAACACACAAACACACACACACACACACACACACACACACUGAGUCGGACAUCACAGCAGUGUGUGGAGGAAAAGAUGAUGCUCAGUCCAGAUCACUCUGAUUCUGACCUGCUGUGGCCUCAGUCAGACCCGGAAACGCUCCUCAACGUCAUCAAAGUUGAGCGAGCGGCAGACAAGCCACCAGAAGUGGGUGCAGACAAUAAGUCCCGUUGUCGCUCCCUGGCUCCCCCCCUGACUCGCGAAGAGAAGCGGCGCCGGCGGCGUGCGACCACCAAAUACAGGCUGGCCCACGCCAUGCGCGAGCGCAUUCGGGUCGAGGCCUUCAACGUGGCAUUUGCAGAGCUCCGGAAGCUGCUGCCCACACUUCCGCCUGACAAGAAGCUCUCCAAAAUCGAGAUCCUGCGGCUCGCCAUAUGUUACAUAUCCUACCUGAACCAUGUGCUAGAUGUUUAAACCCCAGGGAGAACAUUCAGACCAACAGGAGAGAAGAAAGACAUCAAAUAUUGAUGAUUAUUCUGUCAGCAGACUAAGAGAGGCCUGCUGUUUGGUCAAGAUAAGAUGUCCUUUAAUUGGAGAUGCAGUCUGUCAAAAUACGUUGGGUUCACCCGGUCAGAUGGCCUGCAGUAACGUGUGUGUUGUAGAAUCACUCUCAAAUUAAUGUGCAAAAUAGAACCUUUCAUCAGGAAACCUUGAGAUUUUCAGUCAGUUAUCAACUAAUAGCCAACACUGAAAAAAGCAAUGCACUAAAUUACUUCCACAUGAAAAAAAUCACUCUUAUAAGGGAAUUCCACUGAUUUUUCAAAAUGUCUGUAUAACACAAUCAUUAAGAUAUAAGCAAAGUCAUUUAGAGUGGAUUAGUGUAAAAUGUUCUGUUCUAAAGAAACUCACCAAGACAGAAUUUGUUACAGUGGUGUUGCUAGGAACCAGACAUCUGAAGAGUUUUAUGCCUCUAAAUGCUCUCUUACAGAAAGUUAUUACAUAAAACUGUUACAAAUACACUGCCUGGUGCCUGAGACAAUGUUUUAGGUACAUUUUGAUGAGAGAUUUUAGUCUAAAAUCAUUUUUUUAAAUUCACUCAUAGUGGAGAGGUACAUGCAGGACAUUGCAAGGCAAAAUAGUACCACGAAGAAAGCAUGUUUUUGGAUUUACCCCUAUAUUUCAAUAAUGGACAUUGCAUACAAAAAUGUAGAAGACAUAUAAGAAGUCAAGACACUCAGAAGGUGUGUAGGCUCACUGGUCAUUUUGAAUGUUAAAUAAAUGGCUAUAAUGUUUGUGCUGUAGACAUUGUGACUCCUUGUUCCUAUUACCAGCACUGUAAAACAAUCUGAGUGCCUAAGUUUCUCUGAAAUGAGAAUGUAACAUCAAACCAUUCUGAAUGAGUUUGUUUACAUCUCAUGAUUAAAUUGUGCAGAAUUUUGGAAAAUAGGUGGAGGUGGAGAAAAUAGGUUUCCCUCUAGGCCCUAUUCAGAUUGGAUUAGUUGACCAGUAAUACAUUUCUGAUAGUGAUGAAACUCUCACAUCCUCAUGAAAAUAACAUUUGCGCCAGGUGAGUGAGUUUCAAAUGGGUUUUUUCUACAAACUCAGACAUUUGUGUCACAUCUGGUCAAAUAAUUGUAGAUGUUAUUCUUAUUAAAGUAAAAGCUGAUGAUAUUCUUAGAAUUUAUAAAAUUCUCAAGGGAGGAGGGAGAAAAACAAUCAUGACCAAUCGGGACAGGAAGAAAAUCACCCGUAAUCCUGCCCAAAAGGGGCUUCUGGAUUCCAAUACUCCCCACCUAAAAGAGUCUAUAAUCUGUAACAAUAGAAUCUUCCAGUGUUACAUAGAACCAUUUUUAAAGGUUUAUAUAGCAGGUUUUCUGUAAUAGAGAACAACUAUUUAUCCAUGCAAAGAAGCAUUUUCACACUGAAACAGUUAUUUGAGUUGUCACAGGUUUAUAUAUAGUCACAUGCAAAAGUCUACAGGUUUUGUCAAUUUUCUAAAUCUUAAAGUAAGAUAUCACAUCCUCUUACAGGGAACAAACUGAAAUAUAUUUGUGAAGCAAUUUUCUGUGGAUAUCAGGCCACAGUUUCUAUUUGCUGAGUUUAACAUAUUGGAAAAAAUCUGUUCACUGUACACAUAACUCAUUUUCAAUCAGAUAAUAAGCAAAACAUGUAAAUUGACCAGAUGUGCCUAAACUUCUGCAUAUGACUGUGUUGCCAUUGCCUUUAUUAAAGAAGCAUGGUGGAAGGUGUACACAAACACAGCUAUGUCUUUCAGGUUGCUCUGGUAAUGGUUGUGUUGGUGUACUAUGGUAGAAAUAAUGUAUAUUUGAGUCAAACAAGUUGAACAAGAAUAAUAAUAAGUUUAUUUAUGCAUCGCUUUUUUCAGUGUAGACCUGUCUAUGUUUAAGGGACAGAAGAAUUGCCCUGUUAGUCUUUUAACUUAAUUCAUUCAUUCAUUCAUUCAUUCAUUCAUUUAUUUAAAGCAUUUGUUGAGUAAUGUAUGUCUUACUUUGUCCAUUUAAAUUUGCUUUAAAGUUAUUUCAGUUAAGGGUUUGCGUAUAUAUUGAUGUAUACCAACUUUAAAUAUGUACUGAUGUAAUGUACAGUUGUUUAUACCUUAAAUAUAUUUGCUGUUGAUCUUAAGUCGCACCUUUCAGAAGUAGAAAAGUCAAUGCCUUAGAUGUCUUACAAGUAGUGCAGUGCUCUUGAUGUGUUUGCUCUUAUUGGCCUGAGAUUUACCAAGAGCCUAUAAAGAGCCUCAACUCCAUUUAGCCAUUAAGCAGUCCUAGACCAUAAUGCAUGGGUGCACAACUGGGUUCUGGAGUGCCGUUGUCCAGCACAGUUUGGACGCUUCUCUACUCAAACAUGCCCACUUAACUUGACAAUUAACAGAAGAGUGUAAUCAGAUAUGGUCGACCAGGUAAAUCACCAAACUGUGCUGGACACUGUCCAUCCAGCACCAGAGUUGUGCAUCCCUGCUCUAAUGCCUAGACAUAUUGACAGAUUUCAAAUUGAUUACAGGUCGAUAUAAUGCAAUAUCUAAAGCUAUAUAUUGUGUAUGUUGUAGUUGAACAUUGCUCCACUAUGUACAGCAUACAGUUGUAUGAGAAUGUUUGGACGCACUGGAUAAAAUGACUCAUGUUGUUUGACUUUUUUUUUUUUUUUAAGCGAACAAAUAAGACAAGAAGUAAGAAAAAGAGCAUCACCUCUGCAGGGAGAAAAUAUAAUUAAUACAAAUAUUAAAAAUAUGAAUUUUUGCUAUAUUAAUGGACAGUUAUUAUGUAUUUGCUACAUUUAACAUAUGGAAAACAUCUAAAACAUAAAAUAUGCCAUUUCUGUACAUUUGAACACCCUCUCAGUCAGUUCCGAGUAGGAUUCCAUUUAGCUGAAAUGUUAACAAAUGUUUAAUAAAAAUAUUUCUUCUAACCAGAUGCUCUUCUUAACUGAGGAAUCUCACACCUGGUUUGUUCAGAUGUUGACUGUUGUUAUGAGAUCACAGCAUUUAUUAAGCUGUAGAAGACUUAAUGAGUCAAGUAAGCUCUGAGAGAAAAAAGUAGCAACUGUAUUCUUUCCCAAAAUGUUAAACUCAGCAAAUAAUUAAUAAUUGUCCAUUGAAAUGUACAGAAAUCUGAGAUAUUUAAGUUUGCUCCAUGGAGAAAGUCAACAAAAUGUGUGUUAUGUUUUAUGUUACAGGCUCAUAGGUUCAAAGAUGCUGUCUGUGACCAAAAUGAUCUGUUUAUUUUUGUUUGUUUCUUUCAUGUUUGCUUUUCUUUUAAAAACAAACUAUUUUCUAUAGAUUUGACAUGCUUAUUGUGAAUCUCUUGAAUUGUACACUGAAAAUGUUUCAUAACUGCUUUAUAUCCAAAGACGCUGUGGCAUUUCAGGGUUUUAUGUCAUUUUGUAUUGUGAAAUGUAGGAAUUCAAAUCUUUAUGGAAAACGGUAAAAUUAAAAGCUGAAAGCUUUUUAUCUGUAUGUUUGGAUACUAUUAAAUGGCAGGAAAUGCACUGAGCACAGAUUUUUUGCAACACAUUUGUCUAGAAUAAGUCUCAUAUAAUUCUUAUUUUCUAAUUCCAAAGUUUUGUAAUGUAUGUUAUGCUGGUAUGAGAUCUGCGACCCCAGAGGAUAAACGGUUUCAGAAAGUGUGUAUGUGUGUGAAUUGCCACUGUGUUACAUCAUAUUUCCUCUUAACAAUGUUCAGCUAUCAUUUAGAAACUGAGGACAUCAACUGUUGUAAUUGUGAAGAUGUAUUUUUUUUUAUUCACUUGGUAUGACAUUUUAGCUGCACAAACAUUCGGGUCCCUGUUGUAAGACAUUGCUUUAUAAUACAUUUUCAAUGGGACACAGGUCUAGAAAGCAGACAGGACAGUGUGGCACCUGUACUCUCUUACUAUAAAGCCACACUGUCGUGGAGAAUAUGACUUGUUAGUUUUGCUGAAACAUGUACCCUAAAAAGAUGUAAUUCGUCUAGAUAGCAUCAUAUGUUGAUCAUCACAUGUUUGUUCCCCUCAGCAUUAACAGUGCCUUCACAGAUGUGCAGGUUACCCUGGCCAGUGGUACUAACACACCCCAAUACCAUGGCUGGCUAUUGAAUUCAGAUGCUGGCAGUUGAACUUUAUACCGGUAACAAUCUAGAUGGUGCAUUUCCUCUUUGACCUGGAGAAACAUUAUGGACAGAUGAAAGUCUGAUUCAUCAGACCACACAUUUCCACUUUGUGUCAGAUGAGCUUUAGCCCAGAUGAACAGGUGUUCAAACGUCCCAGUCUUUUUUGGAACGUGUUUCAGGCAUCAAAUAUGGAACUAGCCUAUAAUCACAAAAAUCAAUAAAGCUGAUAAGUA